AUGGAUCUCACCCCCAUCAGGAUCCGUGGUCGUCGCAAACGAGGUCGCUUGUCUGAAAGUAAAGACGUGUCGCUCAAGAACCGUGACCGACCAUGGAAGACUGCGCGCUUCAACCAAGCCAGCUCUCAACCCCUGAAGAACAAAAAGAAAACAAAGCGAGAUCCAACCCUAUCAAAGUUUGAGCAACUGCCUACCGAGCUUGUACAAGUGAUAUUUCAAUGUUGCAACAACAUAAGCUUGCCUUUGUCGUCGUAUGUCUUUGCUCGCGAUCUAUCGUACCGCAACACCUAUCUUCGCUUUGCCAUCGAUACGCUUUCUAGGGAUAGUGCUAGCGAAGACAGGGCUGCAGAUGCUGUCGCAGUCUCUCGCAUGCUACAAUGCAAGUGGAUGACCUGGGAUCUGUUCAAGGACGCCAUACAAGAAAUACACAAAAGAAAAUCACCGCCAUCACGCAGCUCGUCACCCUCUGAUUCAGACACAGACGAAAGCGACAACGACCAAGACGAAGCGCCGACCCUCCCAGUCCCCAACUUCUCUCACCCACACAACCAACCUCGCCUGCCUUACCUCAACCUCUUCUCCUUAGUCCAACUUCCCCAAUCUCUCCUCCACGAACCUUGGACAACACCAAAACUAGAGUUUCUGAAAUACCUCAUCUGGUCAGGUUGCAGCAUCGAUUGGACAUCAUCCUCUCGCGGCGAAACCGCUAUAGCAGGUUUAGCAACAGCAAUAUCCGCACAUUCUUACACUGCAGUCGCUCUACUCUGCUCACCUGCCAUCAACGUCGUCCCCGACACCACAACCCUAAAAAUCGCAGUCAUGGACCAUAACUGCAAUCCCAGCGUUGUGUUUUAUUUACUCGCCGCUGGCUUGCGUGCGCACAUCACUUCUCGUGCUUCCGGGGAGGCAGCUCCUGAUAUCAAUUUCAGAGAUCCGAGUUUGUGGCAUUGGGUUGAGAGAGUGGAUAAGACUGGAAACAAAAAAGGGAGGUGGUUGAAGGAUGCGUUGAGGUUUGCGGGUGAUGGUAUGAGGGCGAGUAGUUGGGAUCAAGAGGCUUUUGAGGAGUUUAGGCGUGUGGCUGGGAGGGAGGAGGAUGGGGUUGUUAGGGUGGAUGUGCCUGUGGUCGAGGUAUUAAUUGAUGAAGAGGGAGAUGCCGGUGCGACGCAAUAA